AGGCUUAAAGGAGUAUACUGAUUCCGCUCUUCUCCCAAAUCAUCGAUCCCUACGAACUCCAUAGCCGAUUAUUUCUGAAAACGUAACCAUUAUUUUUUUUGUUUCUUAAAUCCGAUCUCUGUCACUGAGCUCCUCUUUCUAGUUCUCUACGUAGUUGAUUAUGGAUUCAAAUCAAGCUGGCAAGCAGCAUAGCCUAAUGGGCUCUGAAGCUGCCUCCGAAAGAACUCUGUACCCAUAUGUUACUGGGUCGUCCGUAGUUGCUCUCAAAUUCAAAGAUGGAAUUCUUAUGGCUGCCGAUAUGGGAGGUUCCUAUGGGUCUACUCUACGAUACAAGAGUGUGGAGCGAUUGAAGCCUGCUGGCAAACAUUCUCUUCUUGGAGCAAGCGGGGAAAUAAGUGACUUUCAGGAGAUUUUACGUUAUCUUGAUGAGCUUAUCCUGUAUGACAACAUGUGGGAUGAUGGGAAUUCUUUGGGGCCUAAAGAGGUGCACAACUAUUUAACUCGUGUGAUGUAUAAUAGGCGUAACAAGUUUGACCCACUGUGGAACUCACUUGUUCUUGGUGGAGUGAAAAAUGGGCAGAAGUACCUUGGCAUGGUUAGCAUGAUAGGUGUAAAUUUUGAGGAUAACCAUGUGACAACUGGGUUUGGAAAUCACCUUGCCCGUCCUAUUCUUCGUGAUGAGUGGCAUGAGAACUUGAGUUAUGAAGAUGGUGUCAAGUUACUGGAGAAAUGUAUGCGUGUACUUCUGUAUCGUGAUCGGUCUGCUAUCAACAAGCUUCAGAUAGCAAAGAUCACAGAAGAAGGUGUAACCAUUUCACCACCGUACGCAUUGAAGACAUUCUGGGGAUUUUCGGCUUUCGAGAACCCAACCGUGGGUGCAGAGGGAUCAUGGUAGCUACACCAGCUAAGAUUCUAGCUUGCUGCCCGAAUUCCAAUAUAAAACUGGAUUGUAGAAGUUCUUAUAAUCCCAUCUGAUGUUUCCUAUCUGCCAAAAUUUCUGAGGCCUCUUGACUCUUAUCUAUGGUGGAUAAAACCGACUAUACUUGAAAAUACUCUCAAGAAGAUGAAAUUGUGGUUAUAUGUGAGAUGGAAUUCAAUUUUUUUCCUAGUUGAAAACUAAAUUCAGUUGCAAUAUUUUAAUUUGCAUUUUCUAUUGUCAUGUAGGUAAAUCGAUGUUAACUCGCUUUGAUUUUAUUUUUUACUGAAAUGAAAGAAAAUUAUUUGUAUUUCA